AUGGUAAUGGAGAAAUUUCAGAGCCAGAAAGGUCUUCCACAUUGCAUUGGUGUGGUUGAUGGAACACAUAUACCAAUCAAGGCUCCUUAUGACAAUCCAGAGCAGUAUGUAAACACAAAGAAAUUUCACUCUCUACAGCUUCAACGAGUGUGUGAUCCAGAUCGAUUUUUCACUGAUGUUUACUGUGCUUAUCCUGGAUCUGUACACGAUGCUCACGUCCUUCGAAAUUCUCCACUGUACCAAGAUGCAGAACAAUCAGAAUCGGAAAUGUUUCCGGGAAGUUCUUAUAUCAUUGGGGAUGCAGCUUAUCCUCUAAAAACCUGGCUCAUUACUGGUUUCAAGAAUGAUGGUAAACUUACCAGAGAGCAACGAGAGUUCAACUACCAUCUAAGGUCCACGCACAUGAAAAUUGAACAUACAUUUGGUCUACUCAAAGGGUGA